GGGCGAAACGCUGUCAAAAGACUGUCCCAGCUAGCCACUCCGCGGAGUGUUGAAAACACAAGACCAAGUUGACACCUAUCCGGUCAGCUGUGUGAGAGUCAAACUUGGAAUAAUUUAAAAGAUCACAAGGAUAUCAUCAUCAUCAUCAUCAUCAACAGUAGGAUUCAACGUAAACCAUAGCCACGUUACAAAAUUGCUAGCUUGCUACCUUCGUGUACCCAUCUUUUCGCUAGCUAGCACGAAUCAGCAAGCUAAUCUAAACCGCAGAAACAACUUGUUAGCGUAGGACUUUACAAUGGGAUCCAGAGCGUCGACAUUACUGAGAGAGGAGGAGAUUGAAGAAAUCAAAAAGGAGACCGGCUUUUCCCACAGCCAGAUCACCCGGCUCUACAGUCGCUUCACCAGCUUGGACAAAGGAGAGAACGGCACGCUCGGUCGGGAAGAUUUCCAGCGGAUCCCAGAGUUGGCCAUCAAUCCUCUGGGAGACAGAAUCAUCAAUGCCUUCUUUCCUGAGGGGGAGGACCAGGUCAACUUCAGAGGCUUCAUGAGGACGCUUGCUCACUUCCGUCCCAUAGAAGACAACGAGAAGAACAAGGACCACACUGCCUCCGAGCCACUCAACAGCAGGAGCAAUAAGCUGCUCUUUGCUUUCCGGCUGUAUGACCUGGACAGAGAUGAUAAGAUCUCCCGUGACGAGCUGCUACAGGUUCUUAGAAUGAUGGUUGGUGUGAACAUCUCUGACGAGCAGCUGGGCAGCAUCGCUGAUAGGACCAUCCAGGAGGCCGACCAGAACGGAGACAACUCCAUUUCCUUUAAUGAGUUCAUCAAGGUACUGGAGAAGGUGGACGUGGAACAGAAAAUGAGCAUCCGCUUCCUGCACUGAGACAGGACUGUCUCUGAUUGGACCCCAUUCUGACAUCACUGUCUCUGAUUGGACCCCAUUCUGACAGGACUGUCUCCGAUUGGCUGGACCCUCCACCUUCACAAUGCCCGUUGGUUAUGUCCCAACUGGCAUCCUAUUCCCUAUGUAGUGUGCUACUUUUGACCAGUGCCCAUAGGGCUCUUAUGUAGUGCACUCAUUUUGUUUAGGGACCAUAGGUCCCAAGUCAAAAGUAGUGCACAACAUAGGAAAUAGGAUGCCGUUUCGGACGCAGCCUCACUCCCAUCUCAACACUAUGCUCUCUCUCUCUCUCUCUCUGACCCCUCCUCCAUACAGUACUAUGCUCUCUCUCUCUCUCUGACCCCUCCUCCAUACAGUACUAUGCUCUCUCU